AUGGCUGUGCUGGAUCUCGCCAUGCAAGGACUGGCCGUGUUCGGCUUCAUCCUAUUCUUCGUGCUGUGGCUGAUGCACUUCAUGUCCAUCAUCUAUGUGCGUCUACACCUCCACAGGAAAAGGUCAGAGGUGAAGCAGCCGUUUGCUCAGCUGGCUGGAGUUUCUCUGCUGAAGCCGCUGAAAGGCGUGGACCCCAACCUCAUCUCCAACCUGGAGACCUUUUUUACUAUGGACUACCCCAAGUACGAGGUCCUGCUGUGCAUCCAGGAUCUAGACGACCCAGCUGUCGACGUGUGUAAGAAGCUGUUGGGGAAAUAUCCCAACGUAGACGCUCGCUUAUUCAUCGGGGGGAAGAAAGUGGGAAUCAACCCCAAGAUCAACAACCUGAUGCCGGGCUACGAAGGAGCCAAGUACGAGCUGGUCUGGAUCUGUGACAGCGGCAUCAGAGUGAAACCUGACACCCUAACAGAUCUGACCAAUCAGAUGACAGAGAAGGUGGGAUUGGUCCACGGGUUGCCGUACGUCGCUGACCGCCAAGGCUUCGCCGCCACAUUAGAGCAGGUGUACUUCGGGACGUCCCACCCCCGCUCCUACAUCUCGGCCAACGUGACGGGGAUAAAGUGUGUGACGGGCAUGUCGUGUCUGAUGAGGAAGGACGUGUUGGACCAGGCCGGAGGGUUGGUGGCCUUCGCUCAGUACAUCGCCGAGGACUACUUCAUGGCUAAAGCCAUCGCAGACAGGGGCUGGAAAUUCUCCAUGGCGACGCAGGUGGCGAUGCAGAACUCAGGCUCGUACUCCAUUGGUCAGUUCCAGUCCCGCAUGAUCAGGUGGACCAAGCUGCGGAUCAACAUGCUUCCUGGCACCGUGCUGGAGCCCGUCUCCGAGUGCUUCCUGGCCAGCCUCAUCAUUGGCUGGGCUGCUCAUUAUGUGUUCAGGUGGGACAUGAUGGUCUUCUUCAUGUGUCAUUGUCUGGCCUGGUUUAUCGCCGACUACAUCCAGCUGACAGGAGUUCAGGGCGGGACUCUGUGUUUCUCUAAGCUGGACUUCGCGGUGGCGUGGUUCAUCCGCGAGUCGCUGGCCGUGCAGAUCUUCCUGUCGGCGCUGUGGGACCCGACCAUCAGCUGGAGGACGGGGCGCUACCGGCUGCGCUGCGGAGGCACCGCCGACGAGAUCCUCGACGUCUAGUCGCCACAGCAACGCCCGCUACGGCAACGCCCGCCACGGCAACCGCCUGGCACGGCAACCGCCUGGCACCUUCGGAGAGGAAGAAAGAGAGAGAGAGAGAGACUGUUUUUUUGUUUUUUUAUCAGAUGUGUGUGUGUGUGUGUGUGUGUGUGUGUGUGUGUGUGUGUGUGUGUGUGUGUGUGUAUGUGUGUUUUUAACUAUUUAUGUUUUUUUUUUUUUGUUUUUUUUUUUUUUUUUUUGGUGCUAUAUCAAACUCAAUGAUGCCAGAACAAGCCAAUGAGAGCGCAGCAGGAUUUAAAUAUAUACAAAAAAACAGAUAAAACAGGAAGGAGUGAGACAUCAGUCAGCUGAUCUCUCAUCGGAGAAAUAAAAUGACAUAUUGACGCAGAAAAGAAACUGAAAAUGUCGACAUUUUUGUUUCUUUUUA